AUGAAUGACAAGACUCCAUGUCGUCCUUCGGAUGUUAUAAAUUAUAUGAAGAUUCACCACGAUGUGAACGUAAGUUAUGAUAAAGCUUGGAGAGGACGUGAAAUUGCUUUGAAUUCCAUUAGGGGUACUCCGAAGGACUCAUAUGUCAUGUUGUCUACCUUUUCGGAUGCACUGAUCCGAAACAACCCAGGUACAUAUACGGCUAAAGAAGCAGAUGAUGAAGGUCGGUUUAAAUUCUAUUUCAUGGCACUAGCUACUUCAAUUGAUGCAUGGAACUACUGCGUACCAGUUAUUUCUGUUGAUGGUGCAACUAUGAAGAACAAAUAUCUUGGUACCCUCAUAUCUGCUUGUACUAUUGAUGGGAACUCUCAAAUUAUGCCACUAGCUUUUGCUGUCGUUGAUUCAGAGAAUGAUUUGUCAUGGUCAUGGUUUUUUCGAAACCUUAAAGUCGUUUUUGGGGAACAUAAUGAAAUGGUAAUUGUUUCUGAUGCUCACAAAAGUAUAGAAAAUGGGUUUAAUGUCGUUUAUGAAAUAGCUGAACAUGGAUUAUGUGCAUUCCAUUUGUUGAAGAACUUAAAAAAGAACCAUAAAUCACUUCCCAUGGAAGACUCAUUCAAUAAAUGUGCCAGAACGUAUACACCACUGGAAUUUGAGUACUACAUGAGGCAACUCGAACAACUAUCUCCAUCAAUGAGGCAUGAGUUGGAAGCAGUGGGAAGACAUAAGUGGGCUAGGGCAUUUUUUAGGAGAAAAAGAUACCAGGUUAUUACAACCAACAUCUCUGAAAGUAUGAACUCUACCUUGAAAGAACAACGAGAAUUGCCUGUAAUUGGACUUCUAGAAUCUAUCCGUAGUUUGAUUCAAAAAUGGUUCUAUGAACGUCGUACCAAAUGGAGUUUCCAACGCACACAACUUUCAAUAUAUGCAGAAGAUAUGAUUCGAGAAUCCUUAAGGCAGAGCCGCUCAAUGAAUAUAUAUCCUGUAGACCAACAUGAAUUUGAAGUCCACCAUCGUAAGGAACAAUUUGUUGUCAACAUUUUAAAUCGGACAUGUUCAUGUCGUCAAUGGGACCUUGAUUUGAUCCCUUGUUCACAUGCAUGUAUAGCAUUGUCCACAAGGAAUCUUAAUCCCAUUUAUACACUGAUAAGUUCUACUAUGUCUCAAAUUUGA